AUGUGUGAACAGGGACGAAGGAUGGAAGAGAGGCGCUCUGAAGGUGAUGAUAUGGAUAAUGGUGAUCGUGAGGCUUUGGAUCGAGGACCCCCUCCUCAGGGGCCAGAGGUGAAUGCACCUACUCGUUCUUAUGCAAGGGCGGUAGGUCUCGCCUCAUGGCCUGCAAUUGAUUCGCUCCUAGAGCCGAUUCAAGCAGGAAAUAUUACAAGGAUCGUCAUACCACAGAAUGAUUAUGAAGCAAAGAGACAGAAUUUAAGGUUUGCUCUAAUAGGCCGUGUAAAUUUUCGUCUUUUAUCUUUGGAUGAUUUACGUCAAGAGGCAAGAGAUAACUGGAAAUUGAGUCAAGGGGUUGUGAUGCACCCUCUGGGAAAAGGCUAUGCCAUUUUUCAAUUUCGAUGUGAGGGUGAUAAGGCGGCUAUUUGGAGAAGAACCCCUUUGCGUGUGCGUGGACAGUUAAUUCGGCUUCAACACUGGAGACCGGAUUUUAACAUCCAUGAGAAAAAUUCCUUCACGAAACUCGUGUGGGUUUGGCAUGAUAUCUUAAACCUUCCCUUGGAAUAUUGGCAUGAUAAUGUCCUUCUCUCCAUUGCGAAGGCGGUGGGACGUCCAGUUACCCUGGAUAAUCAUACUAGACAAGGAAUUUUGGGAUAUUUUGCCCGAGUGCUGGUUGAAGUUGAUAGCUCGGAAGCUGCUACUCGUGUUGAGGAGGUUCAGCGGAUGGGUCAUCAAGUAAAUAAUUGUCGACUCAAAAAGAUGGAGGAUGAGAAGCAGAGUGCUCGUGACAAUGUAAGGGUACCAGGUGCGAUUUUGAACAAUAAAGGGAAGUUACCUAUUGAAGAGGGAAACGGAUCUGCUGGAGAAUCACAAAAUAAUAUCUCUUCUCAACUUCCAAAUCUAGAAGAAGGUGAGAUUCAAAUUAAUUUGAAUUUGGCUAAUACAAAUCUCCCUAUUUUGGAAAAUGUGGGAUUAGCACAGGAGAGAGUUGAAUCAGAGAAGGAAUCUAGUGAUGACGUGGAGGGGUCUAAUUCUGGUUCUGAAUCAGAAUUAGAAUCUGAUUCAGACCAGGAUUCUGGUUCAAAAGAGAGUGGACCAUAUCAGGAAGUCUCUUUGGCGAGGGUGUCGCAGGGUCCUGUGAGAAUGUCAUCGCGCACAAAGAGAACGGGACUAAUUCAGGGAUCCAGUCGGGGCGGCCUGACGAGCAGGGGUGGUCAGAUUUCUUCCUCUGGGCAUGGUCCGGCCCCUACCUCUACAAUUAGUAGAAGGGAGAUUGCUGUGAUGGGAGCUCAGGCAGUGGAUAGAGCUGUUUUGAUGGGUGAGCAGGGUAAAACAGUGGGAGAAAAAAAGGGGAAGAAGAAAAAAGGAGGAGGUCAGACAUCUAUAUCUGACAAGAUCGCGGAUUCAACAGUUUAA